AUGAGGUGGUGCAGGAAUUGUAACUCGCCUGGGUUCCUCAUUGUGUUUCUUGUAUCUCUUCUUCCUCUCUGCCUUGCUUCUUCUCCUUCUCUCUCUCAGUCUCUCCUCCACUCCGACUUCGAUGCUUCGGUCGACUCCAACGCCACUGAUUCUAAUACCACACUUCCCAGAUCCAGGGAGGAUAGCUUGGCUGGUAUGAUCGAUCGUGCCUUGGAGAAGGAAUUCCCUGAUAGUGAACAGUCUGGAGAAACUGAUCCCGGCAGCUUCAACAACAGUGUUGCUGAACAACAGGCAGUUCUGGAAACUGUUGCUAGAGUCAAGCCCAAGAAAAAUGAAACAAAGGAAGAGAAGUCAUUUCAACUUCAUGAUGUUUUUAAUUUGGAUAGUGAGAAUCACGCCGAAGAUAUGCCAACAUUAAUAGAUAGAAAGGACAAUGUGUUUAUUAUUUCUAAUCGUAAAUCAAAAUAUCCUGUACUACAAUUGGAUUUAAGAUUGAUAUCAGAUCUUGUAGUUGUCAUUGUAUCUGCAGCCUGUGGUGGCAUUGCUUUUGCGUGUGCUGGACAACCAGUUAUUACUGGAUAUUUGUUAGCGGGAUCUGUUAUUGGACCGGGCGGGUUAAGUUUUAUCAGUGAAUUGGUUCAGGUUGAAACAGUAGCUCAAUUUGGGGUGAUUUUCCUUCUUUUUGCAUUGGGACUGGAGUUUUCUGUAACAAAGCUUAAAGUUGUUCGAGCUGUUGCUGUUCUAGGAGGCCUGCUCCAAAUUUUCCUAUUUAUGUGCUUGUGUGGUAUAACUGCCUCGUUAUGUGGUGGUAAACCUUCAGAGGGAGUGUUUGUUGGUGCAUUCUUAUCAAUGUCUUCAACAGCAGUGGUUUUGAAAUUUUUGAUGGAAAGAAAUAGUAUCAAUGCCCUUCAUGGUCAAGUCACAAUAGGCACCCUUAUCCUGCAGGACUGUGCUGUCGGUAUGCUGUUCGCAUUGCUUCCGAUUUUGGGUGGUACUUCUGGGGUUCUUCAAGGAGUAAUCUCCAUGACUAAAUCGCUGGUUCUCUUGAUUACAUUUGUGGCAAUCUUGUCAAUAUUGUGUCGUACCUGUGUACCUUGGUUUCUUAAGCUGAUGAUAAGCCUAUCAUCACAGACCAAUGAACUCUAUCAAUUGGCGUCAGUUGCAUUUUGCUUACUUGUUGCUUGGUGUAGUGACAAACUUGGUCUAAGCCUUGAAUUGGGGUCUUUUGCUGCUGGUGUGAUGAUAUCCACAACUGAUCUUGCACAACAUACACUUGAACAAGUUGAACCAAUUCGCAACUUCUUUGCUGCUCUUUUCCUUGCCAGCAUUGGAAUGCUGAUCGAUGUCCAUUUCCUAUGGAACCAUGUGGAUAUUUUACUGGCAGCUGUUAUUUUGGUGAUCGUUAUAAAAACAUUUGUGAUUGCAAUAGUUGUCAAAGGAUUUGGCUAUAACAACAAGACCUCACUCCUCGUGGGCAUGUCUCUGGCUCAGAUUGGGGAAUUCUCUUUUGUUCUUCUUAGUCGUGCUUCUAAUCUUCAUUUGGUGGAGGGUAAGCUGUAUCUGCUGCUUCUUGGUACAACGGCUCUUAGUCUGGUGACUACCCCAUUACUGUUCAAGUUAAUUCCUUCUGUUUUACAUCUUGGAGUACUUCUACGAUGGUUCUCUUCUGAUAGUAGCCAAAUCGAGAUUGGGUUUAAAGGAGAAAGUCUUCGUGCAGACAGUGCUAAACGCAUUACAUUGAUGGAUUGAUGGUCCAAGGUUCUCACGUUUCAUUAGUAAAAGACAGAUAAUGAAAAACUGAAAAUUAAAUUUCAAGCUUGACCUGAUAUGCUUCUUAAUACUCUUGGAGAACUGGUGGCCAACAGCCCAAGAGUACGAAGGAGAUAGACUGAAUCACAAAUUUCCUGUUUAUUAGAAAACUCUUAAUGAUGUCUGUUGCAUCUCCAACGAAGUUUUCAAAAGAAGCAGACACAUGCUUGGAAAAAUGAAGAGUGAAAGAAGGGAUUCGACAGGAUCGACACAUCUGAAGCUUCUACACCUCCGAUUCUGGCCGCCUUGCGACUGACCCGUGUGCCAAUUUUUUGUAAAAUAGUUUCCAUUAUGUAAUGUAAUUCAAUUUGAUUUUUGAUCA